AUGGCUGAUUAUGAGGAAGCCAUUGCAUUUUUAGGGGUCUGUGGUCCUUUUCAAAGACUGAUUUUCAUUCUGUUGAGCCUUAGUGUUAUUCCCAAUGGAUACAUGUCCAUUUCAAUGGUCUUCCUGGGAGACACUCCUCCUCAUCACUGCAGAGUCCCAUCCCUGAACAGCAGCUAUGGAGGACUGGGAUACAAUCUGUCCAUCCCAACUGAGGAGCUGAAAGGGGAGACCAUCCUGAGUCGCUGCAUACGCUACACUGAACAGGAAAACUCUGGCUCUGGCUACAGCAAUGACACAGAGGACUGUGUGGAUGGCUGGGUGUUCAGCAAGGAGAGAUAUGUGUCCACUAUUGUCACUGAGUGGAAUCUGGUAUGUCACGAUGACUGGAGGGCUCCCUUCACCCUGACUCUCUUCUUUAUCGGUGUCCUCAUUGGAUCAUUGUGUUCUGGAAUUUUGUCAGACAGGUAUGGCAGGAAGAUCACAUUCUUCUCCACGAAGGCCCUGCAGACUCUCCUCGGCUUACUCCUGGCUUUCUCUAACAGCUGGGAAAUGUUCUGUGUAGUUUACUGUCUCUCGGGAGUAAUGGACAUCUCCUGUUACUGUACUUGCUUUGUACUUGGCUCAGAGCUCCUGAUUAAAUCUACACGUGAGAGUUUUGGGAUUCUUGGAGUCGGUCUGUGCUACGCUACUGGCUAUGCUGUCCUCCCACUCUUUGCAUACUUCAUUCGGGACUGGAGGACACUACAGAUUGGACUGUCUCUGGUCGGGUUUCUGUAUAUUCCACUCUGGUGGUUCAUCCCAGAGUCCCCCCGCUGGCUCAUCACUCAGGGCCGGUUGCAGGAGGCAGAGGCCAUCAUUCGAGCUGCUGCCAAGAGGAACGGCAUCACGCCACCAGAGGACAUCUUCCAGCAGGAGCUCAGUAUUGACACUAAGGAAAUUGAAAUUGAAUGUGAAUUUGAUGGUCAGAACAAGUACACUUGGCUGGAUCUCCUAAAAACUACAAAUAUGAGGAACAUCACUGUUAUAAACAUCAUAAUGUGGAUAAGCAUUACCUUGACGUACUAUGGCCUGUCCUUUAAUACCUCCAAUCUGGAUGGGGAUCCUUAUCUCAACUGCCUCAUUUCGGCUGCCACAGAGUUCCUUUCCGCUGCUGUGGUGUGGACCACCAUGCACUUCGCUCCUCGGAGGUUCACUCUGCCCUUCACUCUUCUCUUGGGUGGAACUUUCAUGCUGCUCAUCCAGUUUGUACCUGAAGAUCUCAGUGGCCUGACUAUCACCCUGGCAAUGACUGGCAGGCUGGUUGUGACCGGAGCCUUUUCGUUUGUUUACGUCUAUUCCACGGAACUCUUCCCCACCGUUGUGCGAAAUAUGGGACUGGGCGUCACCUCCAUGGCUGCCAGAAUCGGCAGCACUGUUUCUCCAUACAUAGCGUAUAUUGGUACAUAUAAUAAGGCACUGCCUUAUGUUUUAAUGGGUGGUAUUUCUGUAUUCUCUGGUGGUUUGAGCCUGCUGUUACCAGAGACAAAAGGUGAAAGACUCCCAGAACUCAUUAGCCAAGUCAAACCUCUCCAAUGGUGUUGCCAAGAUAAGAAGUCCAAAGAUGCAAACUGUCUGGGUGGAGACAUGGAUUUGUCAGAAGAAAAAAGCAUGGCAGAUACACAAGAAAAAGGAAUGAUCGCCACAAGAUUUUGACAUUUUUGUGUCAAGGAGACGUUUCAACCGUUUGUGCAUGCAUUACUCUUUCUGGGAGUUUGAUCGCGAUAAUAUUCAUGUUAUUUAAUAUUUAAAGUUACUUUAUUUUUUAUUACAUGACAUAACAGUUUGAAUGCUCUCAUACAGAGCAAUACAUAAUAGAGGACCAAUGAAGCUACACAAAUGCCAAGCAAAACUGAGUAAGAUAGAUCUAGUGUUAUUAGGAUUGGAUGUGUUCUCCGUAAGGAAUGGUCUUCACGCGAAGGGUUGAUACCCUCACUCUCCGGAUGAAUGUUACCCUGCCUUGCCUUACAUAUCCGUCCGGGAAGGCUGCAUUGGAGGAUUGGAGGCUGCAUUUUAGAAGCCAGCACCUUAUCAAGAAGAGCAACAUCCUUGCCACCAAAAAAACCCUCAUAACCGUUCUCUUUUCAUCUUUUAAAGAAUUAAAAUGUGGUAGAUUCAUCAACUGUUGUAAUCGAUAUGUGUUGCCAAAAGAGACAGCUGCUUCUCUCUAUACAUCACACAAAUGAAAAUGUGUACAAAUGUGUGGAGCUCAUUGUAACACCAUGUGGAACUUCACGGAAUUACAUUCAAUUGUUGAUUCAGGUGAGGGUUGACUCAUAGAAACUGGUAGGUGUUUUCCACCAUUGUGGAGCUUAUUUUCUAGAUUU